GCGCGCUGACACCAAUCACACUGCCGGGAGAAUCCCACCUGUGUCGCCGCGUUUGGUCGCGUUGCUCCCCAGAUUGAGACUCAGUCAGGCCCCCGAAACCCGCAAGUUUUGUUGCCCCAGCAGCGCACAUGGAAAGAAGGAACAACUUUACAUGAAACGGCGCAUCAAGUGAAGCAAAAAAGAGAAGGAAACUGCUGCGUAAAAGGGAGGAAAAAGAGAAACCAAGAAAGUCAGGGGAGAUGGAAACCAAUGGUGUCGAAAGGAAAACUAACGGUUUGGAGGGAGAUGCGGACCUCCAGUUCCUCCUGAAGGGGGGAGACCUCCUGAAAGUCCGCUCCUCGUCAUGGAAGAAAACUCGCUACUUCCGCCUCCAGGAGGACUGCAAGACCAUGUGGCGCGAAUCCAAGAAAACCUUCAAGUCGAGUCAAACCUGUGAGUGCCAUCCCAGCAUCCCGCCUGAAUUUUCCCUUUAUGACAUCGCGGAGGUGCUGAUGGGCCGACAGUCGGAGAGUCUGAAGAAGAACACGGAGGAGCAGGUGGAGGGCCGCUGCUUCUCCAUCAUGUUCAAGGGCCGCCGCAAGAACCUGGACCUGAUCGCCAGCUCGGAGGAGGAGGCCAAGCAGUGGGUGAAGAGUCUGCAGAAGGUGAUAUCCAACAUCAACAACAUGAACCGCCAGCAGAAGACAGAGCACUGGAUCUUGAGCUGCCUGAGGAAAGCAGACAAGAACAAAGACGACAAGCUGAGCGAGUCGGAGGUCAAGAACUUCCUGCGUCUGAUCAACAUCGAAGUGGACGAUGACUAUGCAGAAAUGCUUUUCAAGAAAUGCGACAAGUCAAAUUCGGGAUACCUGGCAGGAGAAGAGAUUGAACAUUUUUACGACCUGUUGACCCAUCGGGAGGAAAUCGACGUGAUCUACGGGGAAUACGCCAAAACCACCGGCUACAUGAGCCCUGAGAACCUGGUGGACUUCCUGAUGAAAGAGCAGAGAGAGAAAGCCGGGCUGGCCGAUGCACACAGGAUCAUCGAGAAGUUCGAGCCGGAUGAAAACGCCAAGCAGAAGAAGCUGCUGUCCAAAGAUGGCUUCCUCAUGUACCUGCACCACCCAGAGGCCAUGAUCCUCGACCCGGAGCACAGCGAGAUUUACCAGGACAUGAGGCAGCCCCUCAGCCACUACUUCAUCUCCUCCUCGCACAACACCUACCUCAUGGAGGAUCAGCUCAAAGGGCCCAGCAGCACAGAGGCUUACGUCAGGGCUCUGCUGAAGGGCUGCCGCUGUGUGGAGCUGGACUGCUGGGACGGAUCAGAUGGCGAGCCACUGAUCUACCACGGCUACACGCUCACCUCUAGGAUCCUCUUCAAAGAUGUGAUCAAAGCCAUCAAGGAGUAUGCCUUUAAGACGUCCGACUAUCCGGUCAUCCUAUCCUUGGAGAACCACUGCUGUGUGGAGCAGCAGGCGGUCAUGGCCCAUCACAUGAGCUCCAUCCUGGGCAGCGCUCUCGUCACCACUCCCCUCGGCGACGGCAUGCCCACAGACUUCCCGUCUCCUGAGGAUCUGAAGGGGAAGUUCCUGAUUAAAGGGAAGCGAUUAAACAAGCUGGAGGCCUCCUUUGCUUCCGAGGCAGAAGCAAACGAAGACACUGACGUGACAGAGGAGGAGGAGUCGAACGACGAGGACGAGGCUGAAGCUGAGGUCGAGCAGAAGGAGAAGAAAAAGAAAAAGCUGAAACUAGCGAAGGAGCUGUCCGACAUGGUGAUCUACUGCAAGAGCGUUCACUUCCACGGCUUCGAGGACGCCAGGAAAAACCUGAGCUUCUACGAGAUGUCGUCCUUCAAAGAGGCUAAGGCCAUGAAGUUGGCAGAAGAGUCCGCGAACGCCUACGUCCGCCAUAAUGUGGAAAAACUGAGCCGCAUCUAUCCAGCAGGCAAAAGGACCGACUCCUCAAACUACGACCCGGUGCCUCUGUGGAACGCUGGCUGCCAAAUCGUGGCCUUAAACUUCCAGACGACCUGCGACGAUAUGGAUGUGAACCAGGGCAGAUUCCUGGUGAACGGGAAGAGCGGCUACGUCCUGAAACCGGCCUUCAUGAGGGACGCAGCCACCGAGUUUGACCCCAUCACCCUGACCCGAGGAGACUGGCUGAAGCACAAGACGCUACAUAUCAUGGUCAUAUCGGCCCAGCAGCUCCCCAAAGUGAACAAGAAGAAAUCCUCCAUCGUGGACCCGCUGGUUAAAGUGGAGGUCCACGGAGUGCCGGCGGAUGUUGCUAAGAAAGAGACCAACCCUAUUGAUAACAACGGUUUUAACCCCGAGUGGAACGAGAACUUCCAGUUUGACAUCUACGUGCCAGAGCUCGCACUCGUCCGCUUUGUGAUCGAAGACCACGACUCCGCGUCUGAUAAUGAGUUCGUUGGACAGUACACGCUUCCUCUCAGCAGCUUAAAACUGGGAUACAGACACGUUCCUCUGCUCAACAAGAACGGAGACCUUCUGCCCUCAGCUGGACUCUUCAUACACGUCAUGGUCGUCGACGCCGAGUAGGACGUCGUCACCGGCUGCAGGUCCUCUUUUACACAGCCACGUUUUAGCUGUUUGUUUUUUUAAAUUUUUGCCUCGCAGUUUUAGUCCAUGAUUAACUUAUUGGCCUAAUGUAAGUAGUUGAGAAGCUACUGUAAAAGUCAGCCCAUGUUUUUCUCAUCUGGAAAAUAAUUGAAUUGAGAGGUGGGUACAUGCAUGCAAAUACUGUACAUAGAUUCCCUAGCAAACCUUCCACAUGAAUCACAUCACGGGGAUAAUUAUACAAACUGAUUCGUUGCAUAAGUUCACUAUGUUCAGUUUGCAGCGGCAUUGAUUUUUAAAAUUUUUUAUUUUUUUUUUAGGAGAGCUUGUGUCCCUAAUUUUUAGUCACUUUAAUGUAUUGUCUGUUUAAAUCUUUUUAUUCAAAUGGCCAUUUUAUGAAUUUCACAGAAACAUAAGCCAAUAUACAAACUAUAUGCUUUUUCAUCAUUCAUUUUAGUCAUCAAGUAUGAUUAUUUUUCAUGUAACAUCAUCAUGACUUUAUCUUUUUUUGUAAAUCGGGAUAAAGACGAUAAGUGUUAAA